AUCCCAUUUGAAAAGAGGAACAUGCAUGAAAAUAUUAGAGUCUAGCAAUUAAGAAAUGGAAGAUGGUGAGGAACUUAAAACCUUCAUUAGCAUAUGGAUUAUCGCCAUCCUUUCCAUCUGCUACUGCUACUUGAUUCCAGCUCGGAUCUCCCACGGCGUCCCGCGGUUACUCUCUCUUCUCCCCAUCAUUCCCGUCUUCUCCAUCCUUCCGCUGCCAAUCUCCACCGUCCAUCUCGCCUUCCCCGCCUUCUUCUUCCUCGUAUGGCUUGGUAACUUCAAACUCUUACUCUUCGCCUUCAACUGCGGCCCUUUAUCUUCCACACCGCGGUUACCACUCCGCACUUUCAUCUCUCUUGCUUUGCUUCCGAUCAACCAUAAACAAUCCCAUUACAAAAUCUCAAAUCCGUUUCCAUUUUCAUUGCCUAAAACUAUUCUGUUGCCCGUUAAAGCCGCGAUUCUCGCUGUGAUUGUGCUGCAUGCGUAUGAGUACAAAGAGAAUCUCCACUGGACUGUGGUUAUAGUUCUCUACUUUACGCAUAUGUACCUCAGUUUCGAGUUGGGUUUUGCUAUCACAGCCAUUCUUGCCAAGAUCUUUCUGGGAUUUGAUUUUGAGAUUGAUCCGCAGUUCAAUGAACCAUACCUGGCUACAUCGCUUCAAGAUUUCUGGGGCCGCCGUUGGAACCUUGUGUCGUCAAGCAUCCUCCGGGCUAGCGUGUACAAUCCAGUUCGCGCGAUGUGCACGCCGAAUCUUAGUAGGCUGCACGGACAGAUGCUGGCGAUUUUUGUGACAUUUGUGGUCUCCGGGCUAAUGCACGAGUUGAUGUUUUUUUACUUGAUGCGUGUUUGGCCAACGUGGGAGGUCACGUGGUUUUUUGUACUGCAUGGGUUGUGUACGGCUACUGAGGUGGCUGUUAAGGACGCGGUUAAAGGCAGGUUCCAGUUACAUAGGAUGGUGUCGGGGCUGCUUACGUUGGUGUUUUUGUUUGUGACUGCUGGUUGGUUGUUCUUGGCGCAACCGUUAAAGAACGGUUUGGAUACAAAGGUUAUAAACGAAUUUUCAGUUCUAUUGAAAAUAUGAAAGACAAUGUUUGAAAUAUAGAAAGCAAUAAUCAUAAAUUAUGAGAA